AAUUUGGAAGAACAUUUAUAUUAUGAGCACAUAAGGUCUUUUCGUUCGUCUCUCAAAGGUUACCUGAUGUGCGCAUCGUUUUGAAUGCAUUCACCGUUUUACAACAACAGCACAAUGUUGUCAGCAACGCCGUCUCGUCACACAAUGGCCCCUUGAAAAUUCGUACACACUUGUUUUUUUUUGACAGCUCACACAAAGUGCAGUGUUUUAACAUCAUCACCCACAGACGCGUCGCUUAAUUUUGCAAGAUAAACGCCGAAUCAAAAGAAUUUCCAAUAUUUUUCGCAUUAAAAGUAACAUAAAAAUCAUUACCAUGGCUCUCGAAAGACGUGAUGUUCAUUGGUCGCAUGGACUGAUAUUAGAACUUUCAAAGCCGCAAAAUUGGAUCGCAGAAAGUGAAAACGCCGUGGUUAUUCGAGACCGUUAUCCGAAGGCGAUGUACCAUUUCUUGGUGGUUUCCAAAGCAGAUAUUCUCAACAUUUUCGAAUUGACAAGAGAUGAUUUACCGCUACUGAACGAGAUGUUCGAGUUGGCAUUGAAUUUAAUAUUCAGCAAAGAUCGUCGAUUGGAAGAAUUCAAAAUUGGAUAUCAUGCUGAACCAAGUUUAUUGCAACUUCACAUGCAUGUCAUUUCCACUGAUUUCCAUUCACCAACCAUGAAGACAGAAAGACAUUGGAACUCAUUCAACACACAAUUGUUCAUACCGCAUGAAGAAUUGAUGCGUCGACUCAUGGAUUAUGGAAGAAUCUCAAAAAUGGAUCCACGGUUGAUUGACGAACUACGAAUGACACAAUUGAAAUGUAACCGAUGCGAUAGAACUGAAGAAUCCAUCAUACAUUUCAAAGAGCAUCUUAAAUGUCACUUGAUUCCAUUUGGCAAAAUGGCCGGCUGGUCAUUGGGAUUAUUGAAUUCUCUAAAGGAUAAAAGCCAAUGGAUUAUUUCAAACACCGAUGCCAUUGUUAUUUCGGACAAAUUCCCAAAAGCGAAAUUCCAUUUUUUGGUACUUCCACGAGAAAAUAUCUCGAAUAUUUUUCAGUUGACGACAGACCAUUUGCAGUUACUGAAUGAGAUGUAUCUGCUGGCUAAAAAUAUCAUCGAGAUUAAAGGCGGAGAAGACGAUGAGUUCAAGAUUGGAUACCAUGCUGAGCCAAGUAUGCAGCAAGUCCAUUUACAUGUGAUUUCCACUGAUUUCAAUUCGCCGGCGCUGAAAACAAAAAAGCACUGGAACUCCUUUACAACGGAAUUUUUUGUACCACACGAAGAAUUGAUGAGACGUCUCAAAGCGGAUGGUAAAGUGGCUAAACUCAGUUCCACCACAGCCAAGGAGCUCCUUGCAACGCCGUUAAAGUGUCACCGCUGUCAUGCUACGCCAAAAACAAUGCCAGAUCUGAAGUCACAUCUUUUGCAACACUUGAAAUAACAAUAAAACCAGCGGCGUGUCAAACAUCAAUUGUAUUUAUUUGAAUUAUGAAAAAAUAAAUUUUAUACUCGAUCCGAGUAUGUUUUUUUA